AUGACAGAUAACAUUUCUAAUAGCUCUAGCGACAAUAUUGAUGAAUUUUUUGAUCCAACAUUAUUGAGCGAUAAAGAUAAAACUAUAUCUGAUAUCAGUAUUGAGAAUCAGAUAACAGCUGUGUUUAGACCAAAUCUUAAAAUUUGGGAUAUUGAAUAUUUUUUUGAAUUUAAAGAAUAUCCAAAAGUUCUGAAACUGGAGUAG